AUGAUUACAAAAUUCGUGACCGAGAUUACGGCCAAGUUCAACCCGUUUUCGGCAUGCGCAAAACCCGCCCGACUGUUCCUCACGUUUCUGCCUCCUAAUGCCCGUGCCAGCGGCACGUCGAUAACUACAACUCUUCUUCCUCGAAAUUCGACCGAGGCAAGCUCGUUAAGAGUCAAGUUCAAGGACGGCAAGGAGCUCAACUUCGACUGCGGAAAGAUGAACAUCAAGGGACUUGUUGAAGAAGUGAACCGGCACUCUCGCCAGCUGCAAAAGGCAGCCGAUUUAACGGAUUAA